GAACGUGCGUGCCGAGUAUACCUCGAGCGAUCGGUUGCCGCUGCAACCCGAGAGUUACCAGUGCCACCGGCACAAGUCCCGCGAUCGGUCACCGACCGUACCUCUCGAUCGGUUCUCCAAUCAGUUCUCCGAUCAGUUUUUCUUCACCCAUCAGUUUAUUUUUUUCUGGUGAGUUUCUUUUCCACCAAUCAAGAUCUUCCGGUGGCAAGUGUCGCGGGUGACGUCGACUGGGACGUUUCGACGGGAAUCGUUCCGGGUCGAUUGCAGUGCAAGGGUCUGGUUAAGGGUGACCGGUUUCGUUACCUUUGAUCCCGGUCAGCAUGGCGCUUCGGUUCCAGGAGAUCGGCCGACCGGCUUGUUUGCGGGUAUAGUGACAGUUGUUGAACGCGAGUGCUCCAUACCAGCAUUUCUUAUUUUUCCUACUGCUCCUCUUCUUCUUCUUCCGUUUCUUCGCGCAGGGACACGAAGACCACCGGCGAUCGAAAUGCCGCGAUACCAGUGAAGGUCGGUGCACACUUGGAGGUUGGUGACGAAGCUAGGUGUGAGUGGGGAGAGUUAAGCGAGGGUGGCAAAUUGAGGUAUAAGCUAGCGGAUCUUAGGUGGGGGCAAGACAGAGCGAAAGGCAGAGUCCACCUGUUAUGAGUGGAAGUAAACUAAAGAGACGGAAAGAUGCCCGAGGUCCAGCGCUCGGACUCUCUCAGAUCGGCCAUUGAGGGAGAGGCCUGCUACCCAUCCGAAAAAGCCAGUUCGCUACACGUUGCUUCUCCUUCCGGUUUGAAGCCUGCUGAAAGAAGCGUCUCCUUCAAUCGAGACGUCCACGUCAAGAGGAUCGGACGUGGAGUACCGCGAGUGACUGCGGCCCUCGUUGGAGAUGGAGAAGGCAGGUUGAUCACCACUCCGAUCCACAAGGAGAGAAUAACCUCUCGCAGCAAGGAAGAUCUAGCACAGGAGGCCGCUCUCGUGCUCCAGCAGGCGGACAGUGUACAUUGCGUGGCGCACGACAAUCGGCGCCUGCCGGGCAGGUUCAGCACACUUCCGGUUCGUCGGAAAGAAAAGCGACCCGAAGUUCCGCUUGAUUCAAGACGAGGGAGUGAAGAUCUCGGUGUCACGACCCAGAACUUGACCGAUACACCAAAGUCAAAAAAGAAAACGCUCGAGAGAAGCCACAGCGAUGCUAGCGCGAAAAAGUUUAAGAACACAAUUGCUAAGCUCUUUUCUCCCAAAUUAGAAAGAAAGAGUAAGUCUCUGAUUCGAAGCGCCAGCGACGCGGGUAGCAGCACCAGGUCGCACAGAAAGAGAAGUGGGAGCGAAAGUGAAGGCUCACACUUUGGUACCGCUAGAGCAAAGAAACCACUUUCACCAAUCAUCGAAGCUUCCCCCCAAGUGGACCAACAACCCUUCCACUUCGGCUACAAAUCUGAACUAAAAAAAUCAAAGCAAGAAGAGGGCAAGGUUAUUGGAGUAUCCGCCAAUAGACCCCCUAAGUCGCCUCGAAAAGAAGAAAAAAUUAUUCCUAUUUCUAUUGAGAAAAUAAUCGACGUCGAAGUGAAGCCUCCCAUACCAGCCGAUCAGAAGGUCGACGUUGACGAGGUGGACCGAGCUGGGAAUAUGUUGCAUAGCAGUAGAUACGAUCAGCAACACGGCGAAGAAUCUACGAUUCAUAAAAUGAUACACCGCUUAUCAAAUGAUCGCUCGCCCCCACCCCAACUCACAAGGACCAUGGUAUCGCCAGGUCCCGGGUUUGGCCACAAUAACAAUCGGCCUUUUUCCUAUACUAGACCCAAUGAGUCUAGUCCUCCACCUCCUCAGAAUGGUGUUAUUUAUGCCCAAGUACAGCUAGACAAGAAGAAAGCACAGAGGAGUCACUCUGACAGCGAUGAAGGUCUCGGUCUUGACCGGAAGGACUCUUCCAGAGAAAACAGUCCGGCAGAAAAGGAAUACCGUAGAACUGAUUACUAUCCCAACGAUCUACGCCGCAAUAAUGAAAUUAACAGUUUUAAAUCUCGCUACGAAGAGAACCGGAAGAAUGCAACACAUUUCGGUGAAUUUAGCAAGAUGGAGUUCCCAAACAGGAUUGCUGAGUCCAAACGGUUUCACGAUUUCGAUGAAAUCGACCGGAACCUUUUUGACAAGCCGGAAAAGUACACAUCUACUAUUUUUGUUGAUGCCUCAAGUCGGGGUAGAGCUGAUGGUAUGGAUGCUAGACGGCGGGAUAGCACUGAGUUCUCAAGACCUGCUGAUAAAGGAGUUUCAAGCAAAACUUCUGAGCUGAGCGCGAGGCGUGACCUCCUCGAAUCUAGAAUAAAGUCUCGGCUCCUCGCGGACGAGAUGUUUGCCUCUAAGAACAGCAUCAAUGUUCCCAAGAAGAGCGAGCACGAAAUCAUCGAUAAGCCAAUCGUCCCCUCGCCCGUGACCCCUAAUCGGGUCGCUUCACCCAAGCGUUACGCCGAUACUUAUAUCACAGAGACGCGGACGAGUAGCAAUGGGGAGAAGUACAUCUUCGAAAAGGAGAUCCACGAGGACAAUGGUAAGGUCUACGGCUAUGAAAAAAAAAUAAACAAGGUUGCGACCGAUGCUUUUAUUGAACCAGUGCCCAGAGAAGGCUAUACCGUCGAAACUAGAACGGACAAGUAUGGGGAUAAGUACAUUGUUGAAACGCGCACUCACGAGGGCUUCGCCGAAGACUUUAAACCAUUCCUGAGUGACAGGUCGAGAAACAGUCCUGAAGAAAAGUUCCAGAGGAUCAGUCCUGAAGAGCACCUACAGAGAUCCUCUAACAGUCCCAAACCGAAUUACCUCAGUGAAGAGCAACGCCGUAUCAGGGAAUCUCGAGACGAAGUGCUCUCGUCGCCGAUAGUCGUCAACAAAUUUGCAGAGCGGAAGUUCUCCAAGAGUGAGGAUGUGCUCAACCGUCACCCAAGGCCCAUCCGAGAGCCUUAUAUUCCCAAGUCAAAAAGGACCUUUGAGUCGAUCCGCGGGCGAAGCAAGUCGACACAGCGGCUCGAUGAAAUCGGAGAGAACAAUAGGGUGAAAUCUCUCAGAAACGAGUAUAAGACCAGAUCGCAUGAGAACCUCAGCACCGCGGAUUACGUAAACGCUAGAGACUUUCGACGUCCUUUUGGCUCGACCCAAAAUGGUUAUAAACAUCGUUCCCAAUUUAUUAAACGUAAUCUCGACGACCUUCGUGAGGGCCCAAAUGAUGAUUACGAUACUGACAUCUCGCAAGUGACGAACAGCCAACUAGAAUCUAAAUACUAUAAAGAAACUCGCACUACCCAAAGGUAUCUCAAGAAGCAAGCUAUACAUGAUGAUUAUGACAGCUCACCUCCUCGAAUAAGGGUCGACCGCGGCGGGUAUAAUUCAAGCAGAUACGAUUCAGACACGACAGCACGAGACUCAAUCAGGUGUGAAACGCGUUUCUCUGAUUCCUCCCGUGGAAUCAGGAAGGAAUACAGAAAAGUUGAAGACGAUCCGAAAAAGCCGCUUCGAAGGUCACGCAACCGAUUGGAUUAUCUUGAUGAUUCCGAUGCGAGAGACAGUCUUCGUGGUAAGACCUCUAACGGAAGGUUGGAGACAUUUGAUGAACCACCCUCGCGACCUCCGAGGGUUCACCACGAGAGCAAACUGCGCCACAUGCGGCACGAGACAAGGGGUCAUAUAGAACGGCGACAUCGGGAAACACGCCUCAGUGAUCCGGAUCGAAAGGAUCGCCUUGCAGAUUCGGGAAUUGAGAAUGAUUAUCGGAGGGAUUCUCAGGAAGCAGAUAGACGUGAACCUCUUGAGUCGGAGGAUGAGGGAUUUGCGACCUUGCAGUUUAUCAAGCAUGAGCGAAGGCAUACUGACAGAAAUAUGAACUUGACGCCUUCAGAAAAGCGAAAGUACGAUAAGUAUGUUAUUGAGACGAAAAACACGGUGACCUCGAAACCACCAUCAGGUGCUGAUAAGAAAUACGAGAAAAAGGCGGUGAAAAAGAGUGGGACCAUGAGCAAGGUGAAGCAGUUGUUUAGCAAAAAGGAGAAGAAGGCUAAGGAGGAGAAGAAUAAGAAAAACUUCAGGAGCAGUAAUAGUGGCGCUCAUACUGAUGACGAAGUGAUGACAAGAUACAGGGAAUAUCGAGGGGAUCAGCUAAGAAGUGCAAGAAGUGCCCGUGACCUUGGAAGCGACAUUAAUCAGGAAGAUUACAGUCAGCGGAGACGACUAUCAACACCGAGUGGAAGUCCCAGUCCUCCUCAACCAGCAAGACUAUCCAGAUCCACGGGUACUCUAACCAGAGAAGAGGAACCUUUUAAAAACACCCUUACGAGAGAAAAUCAAGGCCAGGAGGCUGAAAGGAAAGGAUGGUUCAAGUCACUGUCUAGAAAAACGAAAUCCAAUUCAAAGCCUCUUGAUAAGAAGUCCAGGAUACCAGAGAGUGAAAUUUUGACGACCGGCACGGAAGAUGAGGAAGUCUCAUCAGCGCCGGAACGAGUUUCUGUGCAGAAGAAUCUUCGCUUCUUUGGUGAUACAGAUCAGGAGUCUAUAACAUCGAAUCGAGACCGCAGAAAUAAACGAGCGGACGACCACGCAGCGACGAGGCGUGAUGUAACGAAUUCAUCUCGGCAUACUCUGGGGAUCAUCACAAGUCCUAGAAAACCCUCGAGGCUCACUGAGAGCGCAUUGUCGUCUGGAGAAAGCACCACAGGCGACAGCAGUCAACAAAGCCAGAAUUCCCAAAGAUCGCAACGAUCCGUUGUUUACCUUCACGCUGCAACAGUCGGUGAAAUUCCUGGACCAAACGAAAGACGCAGAGCAGCAAGUCGUGAAGAAUUAAAUCGUCCUUUACAACCCCAAACAAGGACUGUUUCCAGAAGUGUGAGUGUCCUCGCACCUUGGAGACCGAGAAAUUAUCGGGAACCUUAUGAAAUCAAUUAUGAUCAGCAACAGCAUCAAAAACCAAUGACGACUAUGAGACGCAGGCAGAGGAGUCGCGAGACAUUAAGUCGUCGUGGCAAAGAGGCUAGGCGAAGCAAAGAUAAUCUGUCGAAAACAGGAACGAUAAAUCGCAGCACGCUGAAGUCGAAAGACAAGCAAAAGGUGGACAGAACAGUUUCCACGGAGUCGUUGGCCAGCAAAUCCCGAAGCGUGAGUUCUAGGCCGGAACUGAGCAGAUCCACUUCCGUCCCACGUGACCCUAACAAGAGCGCGGGAUGGUUCAAACUGAAGAGCAAAAAAUCCCGGUCCUGAAUGAAAGGCCAUUGACCAAUGCUAGUCUUGAGUUUCAUAAGUUUAACUCUUACUUCUUCGCGAUUAAGAUUCACCUAUAUAUAGUAUAUAUAAAAUAAAUAUACAUAUAUAAAUAUAUAUAUAUGAAACAAAUCGAUGUAAUAUGCGCUGAGCGUUAACGCGAUUGUCUUCUAUAACUGUGCAAUAGAAGAGAAUCGACUGCGAUUCUUCUUAAUCCAUUAAAUGAUUCCGCGUACUAACGAGAUAGUUGCAAAAGUCUCGCGCGAAUACACACGCACUAAAAUCCAAAUCAAAAACAGUAAAAUGUAUUCUGUAAAAAAAUGUUUAUGUAAAAAGAAAAUUUAAUUGUAAGCAGUUUUGAGACAAAAUAGUAUUCGUUGGUGACAUAGCGUAACCUUCUCUCUACCUAAUUUACUGGCUUAAAUUUUCUGCGUUAGACGAGAAAGAGUUCGAGUUGCGAUGAAAAUGUAAAGCGGUUGGAGGAAUUGUUUUGUUUUGAUUUCAAAGUAGUGCUUUUUUGAUUGAGAGAGAAAAAAAUCUAACUCGCCGUGAAUUAGUGCCAUUUCUACUCGACCUUGUGUUUACACUCGCUGCAAUUUCGAGAAAAAUCAAAAUUACAGUGAAUAUGCGUUACUUUUACUGUAUAUUGAAUUUAAGGUUUAAGAGGAAGUUGAAAUAUGAGAGUUUGGAGGAUGAUUGCAAGCGAGUGGAAUUUUGCAAUUUUAGGUGAUUUCUGAAUUUCAGAGAUGGAAGGUGAAUCUAUCACUUGCGAUGAAAAAAAUGUCUUACUGUUUACACUUCAUACCUCAGGGGCCGUCCAUUAUAUACUUUGAAAAUGGGGGGAGGGCAAUCUAAUGUUGGUAA